AUGAAUGGUAGGUAUCCACUCUAUCAAAACAAUCUUUUCGUAGCUCUAAUCACUGAAAUAGUUCUGGUAGUUAAUCCGAUCAGUCAUGUUCCUGCCUGGAGGGAAAGCAUCUAUUCCGUCCACAACCAUUUGAACCACUCCUGUUUAAUAUGUUCUGAUUUAAAGAGGACCGAAUCUAUGGCUGGGGGCAUGCUUCUUACCUACGCAUACUUACAUGCUUUGAUGUGCCGGAGGAUUUCAACUGCUCGUUCGGAGCUUUGA